AUGCAACACGAAGUAAAUACUGAGACCAAUUCUUCUCACCUCACCCGUCAAGCUCUGUUGGAGAUGAAAUCCAAUAUAGCCCGUCAGUGCCAUGCCGUGCCAAGGUCAUUGGGCGGCAAAGGCCUGCAUCGCCGACUGAACGGGCUCUCCCAUUCCCCAAGGAGAUGGAGUAGCUCAAAUCAACCACCAGCCCAGGAGCCCAUCAUUUUCUCUGGGAUCCAACCUACCGGUGUUCCACAUCUAGGAAAUUACCUCGGAGCUCUGCUUCCCUGGGUCAAACUGCAACAAGAGGCCCAAGAGGGAACCAAGCUCUUUUUUUCGAUUGUGGAUCUCCAUGCUUUGACAGUUCCCCAAGAGGCUGCCCAAUUGAGAAAAUGGAGAAGAGAGGCAUUUGCAACAUUACUUGCCGUGGGAUUGAACCCCAAACGCUCGACUAUCUUCUAUCAAUCCGCUGUGCCGGCACAUACCGAGUUGAUGUGGAUUCUCAGUACUGUAGCAUCCAUGGGAUACCUCUCCCGUAUGACCCAGUGGAAGAGCAAACUCCAGCUGCCAGACGAUGCCACGCUGGAUGACUCAACUGCACGAGCCCAGUUGCGUCUCGGUCUCUUCUCCUAUCCAGUACUUCAAGCCGCUGACAUUCUGAUUCAUCGCGCCACACAUGUCCCCGUCGGAGAGGACCAGAGGCAACAUCUGGAGUUCUCCCGAUACACCGCGAACAGCUUCAACCACCUUUACGGACCCAUCUUCCCUAUUCCCGAGGCCUUGAUCUCCCCGGCCAAACGAGUGAUGUCUUUGAAAGAACCGACCUCCAAGAUGUCCAAAUCACAUGCGGACGAGAAGUCCCGCAUUCUCCUGACUGACUCUCCGGCCGACAUCCGCAAGAAGGUCAAGGUGGCCCUGACUGAUUCCGAAGCAGGCGUCAGUUAUGACCCCGUCCGUCGCCCGGGUGUAUCUAAUCUGGUUGAAAUUCUCAGCCACUUGGAUGGUCUGGCCUGCGAAGAGAUCGUGCGCAAAUACCAGGGCGCCAGUCUUCGGGCCCUGAAGGAGCAUGUGGCUGAGCGGAUUGUCUCUCAUCUGCACGAGAUCCGGGAGCGGUAUCUGGGGCUCCUGACAGACCCAAGCUACCUGGACAGUGUGGCCGAGGAGGGGGCUGAGGCGGCACGAGCCAAUAGUCAAGUUACGAUGCGGCAGAUCCGGGAGGCGAUGGGAUUGUAG